AUGGACCUCGGCCAGGCCAAGGGCGGAAAGCGCACGAGCGCCGACACCAUCGACGACGCUUCUAGGAAAAAGCCCAAGAUGGUCGACGACGCCGGCGCAAAGCUCAACCCCUACCUCGCCCACAUGUACCAAGACGACGGCGCCGUGGCCAACGGCUACGGCCCCCUGGCCGGCAUGAAGCGACGCCAGACGACGGCCGAGCAGGCCUCCAAGGCCGAGGACUUGGACUCCAACCCCUUCACCGGCAAGCCGCACACGCAGCAGUACUUCCGCAUCCUCGAGACUCGGCGGAACCUGCCUGUUCACAAGCAAAGACAAGAAUUCCUUGACAAGUACCACUCGACCCAGAUCCUCGUCUUCGUCGGUGAGACUGGUUCCGGAAAGACAACACAGAUUCCCCAAUAUGUCGUCUUCGACGAGCUACCCCAGCAGACCGGCAAGCUCAUUGCCUGCACCCAACCGCGUCGAGUGGCCGCCAUGUCCGUCGCCCAGCGCGUCGCCGAUGAAAUGGACGUGCCCCUCGGCCAGGAGGUCGGCUACAGCAUCCGAUUCGAGGACAAGACGGGUCCCAAGACAGUGCUCAAGUACAUGACGGACGGCAUGCUGCUGCGCGAGGCCAUGCACGACCAUGAAAUGUCCCGCUACAGCUGCAUCAUCCUCGACGAAGCCCACGAGCGCACGCUGGCCACUGAUAUCCUCAUGGCCCUGCUCAAGCAAAUUGCCAGCCGGCGCCUGGACCUCAAGAUCAUCAUCAUGUCCGCCACGCUCGAUGCUCAGAAGUUCCAAAAGUAUUUCAACGACGCGCCGCUGCUCGCCGUCCCCGGCCGAACAUUUCCCGUCGAAAUUUUCUAUACGCCGGAGCCAGAGAGGGACUACGUCGAGGCCGCCAUACGAACUGUCCUGCAGAUUCAUGCGUCCGAGUCCGAGGGCGACAUCUUGCUCUUCCUGACCGGCGAGGACGAGAUUGAAGAUGCUUGCCGGAAGAUCGGCCUCGAGGCCGAAGAACUGGUCAGAGAGGUCGACGCCGGGCCCCUCGCCAUCUAUCCUCUCUAUGGUACCUUGCCGCCGCAUCAGCAGCAGCGCAUCUUCGACCAGGCUCCCGCCCCGCUCCGCAAGGGUGGACGCCCCGGACGCAAGUGCAUCGUAUCAACCAACAUCGCCGAGACUAGUUUGACCAUUGACGGCAUCGUGUACGUGGUGGACCCCGGCUUUAGCAAGCAAAAGAUCUAUAACCCGCGAAUCCGAGUCGAGUCUCUGCUCGUGUCGCCAAUUUCCAAGGCGUCGGCGCAGCAACGGGCCGGUCGAGCUGGACGUACCAAGCCCGGAAAGUGCUUCAGACUGUACACCGAGCACGCUCACAACAAGGAGCUCAUUGAGCAGACCUAUCCCGAGAUUCUCCGGUCCAACCUGGCCAAUACCGUCUUGGAGUUGAAGAAGCUCGGCGUCGAGGACCUCGUCCAUUUCGAUCUGAUGGAUCCGCCGGCCCCCGAGACGAUGAUGAGGGCGCUCGAGGAGCUCAACUACCUCGCCUGUCUCGACGACGAGGGCGAGCUGACGACGCUGGGGAGCCUCGCCUCAGAGUUCCCCCUGGAUCCUUCCUUGGCCGUCAUGUUGAUUUCGUCGCCCGAAUUUUACUGCUCCAACGAGAUGCUCUCCAUCACGUCCCUGCUGUCGGUCCCCCAGAUCUUUGUCCGCCCCGCCAGCAGCCGCAAACGGGCGGAUGAGAUGAAGGCCCACUUCAGCCAUCCGGACGGGGACCACCUGACGCUGCUCAACGCCUACCACGCCUUCAAAGGCCAGGCCACGUCGAGCCCCGAAAGCCUGAAGAACUGGUGCCACGAGCACUUCCUCUCUCUCCGCCACCUGUCGAGUGCCGAUAACGUCCGGACUCAGCUUAAGCGGAUCAUGGAGACGCACGGAAUCGAGCUCAUCUCGACGCCGUUUGAGGAUAAGACCUACUACUCCAACAUCCGCAGGGCCCUUCUGGCCGGCUUCUUCAUGCAGGUGGCCAUGAAGGAGAGCUCGGGCAAGGUGUAUCGCACCGUCAAGGACGACCAGGCCGUCCUCAUCCACCCAUCCACGGUCCUACGCACCGAGUUCGAUUGGGUCGUGUACAAUGAGUUUGUGCUCACGUCGAAGCAAUACAUCCGCACGUGCACUGGCAUUCGCCCGGAGUGGCUAAUGGAAAUUGCACCCGUGUAUUAUGAUCUCGACACUUUCGAGGACAGCGACAUCAAGAGAUCGCUCAAGCGGGCGACGGAGAAGAAGAAGCGCAAGGAGGCGAUGAAGGCGGGACGGUGA